UGUUACCUUCCGUCCUGAAGCGGAUAGGACCUGAGCCCCCUAGUUUUGUCCUUUUAUCACAUCAGAAAUUUGGCUAAGAUCCAAAGAAAAGGGAGAGAAAAUGCACUCCACGGAAGUGACAGCUAAAUUUUAGUCUUCGCUCACCGAGGCAUGGUCUUGUUGCUGUCCACGGACUCUGCCCUGAAGGUUAUUUUGCUGCCUCCAGAUCUCACUUUGUCAAGAGUUCUGAUUCAUUAGUCUUGGAUGGGAAAUGGAGGUGGUAGCGGACCCCAAUGCAGACACCGAGUGGAACGACAUCCUGCGCAAAAAAGGAAUCUUGCCUGCAAAGGAAAAUUUGAAAGAAUUGGAAAAGGAGGCCGAAGAAGAAGAAGAGCGAGUCCUUCAGCAGUCAGUUGUGAAAACCUAUGAAGAUAUGACUUUGGAAGAGCUAGAGGAUCAUGAAGAUGAAUUCAGUGAGGAGGAUGAGCAUGCUAUUGAGAUGUACAGGCAACAAAGACUGGCCGAGUGGAAAGCCACUAAACUGAAGAAUAAAUUUGGAGAAGUUUUGGAGAUCUCGGGAAAGGAUUAUGUCCAAGAAGUUACCAAAGCUGGUGAGGGCUUGUGGGUAAUCUUGCACCUUUACAAGCAAGGAAUUCCUCUGUGUGCCCUGAUAAAUCAACACUUCAGUGAACUUGCAAGGAAGUUUCCUGAUGUCAAAUUUAUCAAAGCCAUUUCGACCACCUGCAUACCCAAUUAUCCUGAUAGAAAUCUGCCCACAAUAUUUAUUUACCUUGAAGGUGAUAUCAAGGCUCAGUUUAUUGGACCUCUAGUGUUUGGUGGCAUGAACCUGACAAGAGAUGAAUUGGAGUGGAAAUUGUCGGAGUCUGGAGCUGUCAAGACAGACCUGGAGGAAAACCCUAGGAAGCCACUUGAAGACACGUUGCUGUCCUCAGUGCGGAGCUCGGUCCCCACCGGGAGAGGCAGCGAGUCCGAGGAGGACUAGGCCGCAGCCGGGGUGACCCUCAGCCUUCUUGAUGUGAUGAGCCAAAUGCGUUUUUAGAAAAAGGAGAAUGGAGGAUUCAUCCUUCUGUUUUUAACCUUUUAUAAUUAUAUUUAAAGUCUUUUACAACUCAGAAAUAAUCAUUGCUAGGAAUCUUAUUAAAUUUUUUGCAACAUUCUUUUUAAAUUUAUGAUAUGUCCCUAAAACAAUAAAUAAAUAAAAAAGUUA